AUGACCCAGUUGAAUGAAGAACAUGCCAAACUCCUUCGACUCUAUGGAAGACUACCAGACAAAAGGGAUCUCAUGAAACGUAAACUUCAGGAGCGCAAGUAUUUCGAUUCCGGUGAUUAUGCACUUUCCCAGGCAGGCAAGGAAUUGCUUGCGAUUGGUUCCGAACAUCCUUGUCCAGACAACAUUCCACACUCCAACCCUAAUCCUUUGAGUACCAGCCCCAUCCAAGAAAGCCCAUUGGUUUCCUCCACUGGCGUGACAAACUUAUUGCAUUGA